AUGUAUGUUUAUGAAAUAAUAAAAAGCAUCAAUGAUGGAUGGAUAUCUAUUAUCCUAUCUCAACUACGUGCUAUUAAGAAAGUAUCAUCCUCUUCUCCUUCUUCUUCUGAUAAGUUAUUCAGCAAAGAAGCUAUUAUUAAUAAUAAGAUGGAUAAGAGUAUAUUCUUUAGUUUGGGAACAGGUGCUAGAUUCAACAAACAGAAAUAUGCAAGAGAUGUUGAAUUGUUCAAGGGAAUUAAAUCACAAGAAAGAGAUGUACAUCAAGCAUCUAGUAACCUUCAUUUCUUUGGAAAGAGUGAUGUAAAGGUAGAACAAGAAAAGAAACAAAAGGAACAACAAAAAGAACAACAAAAGAAAGCUGCUGCAGAAGAGGAAAAGAAUAAAAAGAGACAAAGAGAAGAAGAAAAGGAAAAGGAGGAAGAGGAUGAGGAUGAGGAAGACAACAGUCAAGAUGAAGAAAAUAGUCAAGAUGAAGAAGUGGAUGAUGAAGAAGAAGACAAGGAUGACUACAAUGAAUCAGAAGAUGAAGAUGAAGAAGAUGUUGAUAUAUUUCAAAAGAAAUAUGUACCAACUAAAAUUAAAAAUGAAGAUGACAGUAGUGACGAUGAAGAUGAUGAUGAAGAUAAAGUUAAAAAAGAAGAAAAUGGUGGUGAUAAUAAUAGUAAUGGAGAUAUUAGAACUAAAUUAAAUAUUAGUGUUACUGGAACAGAUAUACCAAAUGUAAUUCAAAGUUUUGAUGAGUUACUUGAAGAACCAUACAAUAUGCGUCAAUAUAUUUUAAAGAAUAUUCGUGCUGCCAAAUACAAGGAUCCUUCACCCAUCCAAAUGCAAUCGAUUCCAGCCAUUAUCAGUGGUCGUGAGGUUAUUGCCUGUGCACCAACUGGUUCCGGUAAGACUGCUGCCUUUUCCAUUCCAAUCCUUCAAUCUCUACACGAACCAAAGAAACUUGGUUUCCGUUGUGUCAUUGUUUCACCAACUCGUGAACUCGCUCAACAAAUCUAUAGAAACUUUAGACUGUUCUCAAAGGGUAAACCAUUCAAAAUAUGUGUAUUAUCAAAAACUGUAUCUGGUGAUCAAAUGGCUCCAAUCUCUAAAAAUUUUGAUAUUUUAAUUACUACACCACAAAGAAUUGUAAAUUUAAUUCAAAGUAGAGUUGUAAAAUUAAAUCAUGUUGAACAUUUAGUAUUUGAUGAAGCAGAUAAAUUAUUUGAUGAUCAAUUUUUGGAACAAGUUGAUAGUGUGAUCAAUGCUUGUAAGAAUGCAUCACUUAAAAUCCAUUUAUUCAGUGCUACCAUGAACGUAGUGGUUGAAGAAAUGGCUAGAUCCAUUAUGAAAAAUCCAAUCAAAGUUUUAAUUGGUUCUCAAAAUUCAGCAUCAAUCAAUGUUGAUCAAAAAUUAUUAUUUGUUGGUAAGGAAGAUGGUAAAUUAUUGGCAUUGAGACAAUUAUUCCAAAAGGGAUUGGAACCACCUAUUUUAAUAUUCGUGCAAUCAAAGGAACGUGCCACUGAAUUGUUCCAAGAACUUAUUUUCGAUAAUAUCAAUGUCGAUGUCAUUCACUCUGAUCGUACCCAACAACAAAGAGAUACGAUUGUACAACGUUUCAGAUCCGGUAAGAUAUGGGUACUCAUUUGUACCGAGUUGAUGGCUCGUGGUAUGGAUUUCAAGGGUGUAAACUAUGUCAUCAAUUUCGAUUUCCCAAAUACAAUUGCUAGUUAUGUUCAUCGUAUUGGUCGUACUGGUCGUGCCGGUCGUCAAGGUAAAGCUAUUACUCUCUACACCAAAGAUGAUUUCCCAAUGAUCCCAUCUAUUUCAAAUGUUAUUAGAAAUUCUGGUUAUGAUACUCCUGAUUGGAUGCAACAUUUAACUACUGAUAAAAUUACAGAUGGGUAUGCUGAAGAUAGUGAAGUUAAAGUUAGAAGAAAAUCAGUUUCAACUAUUCCAGCCAAUGAAAGAUGGAAGAUUCAUGUUAAUAAUAAAAAAGAACAAACAAGAAAACAAAUUCAAUAUGGUCAAUAUAAUAAUAGUAAAAAUAACAACAAUCAAAAUAAUAAUUAUAAAGGUAAGAAACCAAACAAUAAUGGAAAUGGUGGAAAUCAACAAAAUAAUAAUAAUAAUAAGAAACCAAAUAAUAAUCAUAAUAAUAAGAAACCACAACAACAACAACAAGAUUUGAAAAAGAGGAAGUUUGAUUCACCAAAGAAAUAA